GUCCGUCAACCACAAACAGGGUCGGCGCUGGAGGCGGGCAACCUGUCAGGGAAGCGGCGGGGCGCGAUCCAAAAAGAACCCAGCGCGUCUGCGCAGACCCGUAAGGGUCCCAAAGCAAAAAAGCCUGGCAGUAAGAAAAAGAAAAUCACCAAAGCUGAACGAUUGAAGCUGCUACAAGAGGAGGAGGAGAGACGGCAAAAAGAGGAAGGUACAAAAUACACAGUGAUACUAUUUUCACAUAUAGAGGAAGCUCGUGUGAAAUAUGAAAAAGAAGAAAUGGAAAGACUUGAAAUGGAACGAAUUGAGAAAGAAAAAUGGCAACAACUUGAAGCAAAAGAUCUGGAAAGGCGAAAAGAAGAACUUGAAGAACUUUAUUAUUUAGAAGGGUGUUUUCCUGAAGCAGAGAAAUUGAAACAAGAAAAUAGAUUGCUUUCUCAGUGGAAACACUACAUUCAAUGUGAUGGGAGUCCUGAUCCUUCAGUAGCCCAAGAAAUUAAUACUUUCAUUAGCUUGUGGAAAGAGGAAACAAAUGAGACUUUUGAGGAAGUAAUUGCAAAGAGUAAACUAGUUCUAUAUUUAAUUGAGAAAUUGAAAUUAAUUUUAUUGGAAACUCCACCAUAUGAUUUGCAAGAUAAAAAUAUAACCCAGUACCAAGGAUCAAUCCUGGAACUGCAGGAGCUCCUUCACCUUAAGUUUAACAUAGCCACAGAAAUAUUACUCAGACAAGCUAGUACUUUAGCAGAUCUGGACAGUGGAAAUAUGGAAAAAGUCAUUCAAGAUGAAAAUGUUACUCUAUAUGUAUGGGCAAACCUCAAGAAGAAUCCAAGAUACAGAAGUGUCAGAUUCUCUGAAACACAAACUAGAUUUGAACUUCCACGGAUAUUAGCAACGAGUGACAUUGCCCUACGACUCCUGCAUACCCACUAUGAUCAUGUCACGCCACCAUUCCCUGUUCGAGCAUUGUCACAAGAACGCACUUCCACAGAAGCUCACUUUGUCGAAGGUGAAGUUAAUGUUGUAGAAACAGAAAUCCCUGAAGAUUUUGAAGAAGAGCAUAAACAACGAGAAAAUGAGUCUAUCUCAGUUCAUGAGGAAGAAAUAAAAAUUGAAGAACAAGUUGAUACUGAAGUACAAAGGAGUUCUGUCCAGGAAGAAUCUAAAGCCACAAAAUAUGAACUGGAGAUGAAAUUAUUAAGUGAAACAGUUUCAGCAGCGCAGUUGUUGCUGAUUGAGAAUACUUCUGAAAAGCCAUAUUUCUUUGAAGAUGAUGAGGUUGAUACAUGCCAAUUCACAAUGCUGGGUGGAGUGUAUCACUUGGAUAUUUUGGAGCUUCCCCCACAGUGCAAACCAGUGAAGGGCUGGAUGAUUAUGGAAAUACUCAAAGAAGGAUUACAGAAAUACAUAUAUCCUCCAGGAACUACAGAAGACUUUGAAACAGAAAAUGCUUUCCCACCAGUAGAGGUCAUUCUUGAAGUUCAUGAGAAUGUGAUCUUUUUUGAGAACCCUAUGGUUGCAAGGUGGGAUGCUGAAGGUAAACAUUGGAAAACUGAUGGCAUCAGCAAUGUAUCUUACAAAUCAAGAGAAAGACUUAUAACAUUCAAUCUGGAAACUUUUGGCCCUAUUACCUUGAUUCAAGAUACUCAUAUUAACAUGCCAUACCAAUCAUGGGAACUAAGACCACUUGAUGUGAAUAAAGUACUUUUGACUGUGAUCACAGUGUUUACUGAGAUUCAAAUACAAAUUAAGGAAGACCUCUGCAUGUUAGCUUCAAUAAAACUAGAUGACAAAAAGCAUCCCUCUGUUUUGGAAGGAAAAUGGAUGAAUCCUAUUUCUUUCAUUAUUGCUUUGAAAGAAGCUGGACUGAAUAUCUUCCCUACUGGACACUCUCAUUUUUAUGUUGUUAUAAACCAUAAGGUUCCUUUGGUAGAAAUGAAAGCUUGCCGACAAAUGGCCCUGCUAAGUUCUGCUUUUGCAUUUGGUUGGAGCAGGUGGAAUGCACAUUGUGAUUCUAAAAAAGUUGUCCUCAAGGUGAUGGAACACCUUGCUAAAGAAGAACCUAUUCAGAAUCCUGAUUGGACCCUUUUAAUGUUUAGUGGUGAUAGAGCACAAAGGCUCAAGAUUGAUGAAUACAGUGAAACAUUCUCUGAAGCCCUUAAAGAAGAAACUGAGUUUCAUUCUACUUUAUAUCACAUGGUUAAGGAUUUUGCUUCUAAGGAAGCAAUGGAGAAAAUUAGGAGCUCCAACUGCCAGUUUAUUAAUUCUGUAUGCCAUAUGCUACUCUCAAUUAGAUUAUUUAGCUAUUCUUAACCCCCACUGAUAAAUUUUGCUCAGUAUGGAGAAUCGAGCAAUUUGGAGAAAAAUCAGGUACUUCUUCAAUAAAAUGUAACAAGUGAAUAUAUUUCAAGUAGGCUAUUAAAAUGAUCCAAUCAGCAUUUUAUACUCAAAUUUUUUUAAAUGUGGGGUUUUUCCCUGUGAAUACAGGCCUACUGAGACGUUUAAUUUUCACUGUAUGACGAUUUAAUCAUUCUUUAUUUCAAUAAAUUUUAACAAACAA